AUCUGGUUCUGAGGGUUGGCUAGAGAUUGCGCGGUCCCACCGAGACGCCGCGGCACCCCACAGCCCUGGGGCGUCUGGGUCUUGCCUUUCCUCGGUCGCAGCACGCGAGGCAGUGUGACCCGCGUUCCCUGCAGCCUGAGAUCUAAGCAGGUGUUCUGCUGCUGAAGGUGGUUGGGCUCAGAAUGAGAAAAUGAGAGACCUAUGCAAACAGGAUGAUUGGACACUUAGCGACGGCGUUUGUGCUCAUCAGGAAUCAGCUGUGUAAGUGACAUCUGCGCAUGGACUGUAAGUCGGGAGAGAGCGCCCAGAGAACAGACUCACAGGCCUUUCAGGAACCAGAAGGCCUCCCAGAGGCCGGAGGUGAAGAUGGACUCUCUGAAAGCUUCCAGCUUCUGCAGGUGGAUGUGGAGUACGAGCGCCCAGAAGAGACCAGCCCUGCAAACAGUGCCGUGUGGAGCUCGGUAGGUGCCGCGUGGAGCUCGAAAAACGUGCAAAGAAAACAGAGACACUGGGAAAGGAUAGUCUCCUCAAAGAAGAGCAAAAGGAAGCAGGAAAGAGAACGAAGGAAAGCCAAGCGUGCAGAGGAGCCCGGAAACGGCACCUGCCCACAACACAGCAAACGUUUUUUGAAAGCCUUAACCAAAGAGAAACUUUUGGAAGCCAAACACUCAGGACCAAGACUAUGUGUUGACUUGAGCAUGACCCAGCACAUGUCAAAGAAGGAAUUGAGUAGGUUGGCGGGACAGAUUCGAAGGUUGUAUGGUUCAAACAAAAAAGCCAGCAGGCCCUUUUGGAUCUGCCUCACUGGAUUCUCAACCGCCAGCCCCCUCUAUGAGGAGUGUCUGAGGAUGAAUGACGGGUUUUCUGCUUACUUGCUGGAUGUGACAGAAGAAGACUGCUUUAGCCUUUUUCCUCUGGAAACCCUUGUGUACCUGACUCCUGACUCCAAACACCCCCUUGAAGACAUUGAUCAGAGCACAGUUUACAUUAUUGGUGGACUUGUAGAUGAGAGCAUUCAGAAGAAGGUGACAUUUCAAAAAGCCCGAGAAUACUCUGUCAAGACAGCCCGCUUGCCAAUCCAGGAAUACAUGAUCAGGCGCCAGAAUGAGAAAAACUACCAUUCGGAAAUACUGGCCAUCAACCAAGUGUUCGAUGUCCUGUCUACUUACUUUGAAACUCGUAACUGGCCUGAAGCACUGAAGAAAGGAGUUUCCCCAGGAAAAGGCUACGUUCUUCGGAAUUCCGCGGAAUGAUGAGCAGCCUAAGAUUCCAGCUGCGGGGGGUGAAGUGCCAGAGGUGUCUUGACCAAAGGACCAGGCAAAGUGUGGCAAUGGCACACACUUGCCUCUACAUGCUAUCUCAGAUCUUUGAAAGCCAUUAGUGGCAAGAACCACAUUUUAUGCUAUGUCACCCACAAUGCCUGAAAAUGCCCUGAUAAAACAUAUUAUGGUUAAAAAAAAAAGCUUGUGUUAAGUAAUUGCCAAAAUACAUGUCAUUCCCGGGUGUUAAUUCAUGCUUUGUACAUUCAUCUGUUUGUGAAAGGUUUUAAAGUUGUUUAAAUGAU